GGGAGCGUCAAACCAGGAAGUGUGAAAAACUUGCAGGAAGUGUGGCAGUAAAAGUUUUGUCUCCAAGUAUGGCACGUUUGUAGUUUAAUUCGUUACCUAUUGAUAUCAUCAUAACACCCGAAGACUGCUAUGAUAUCUAAAAACCCUUCAGCAGACGAGGUGCAGCGAUGGGGGCCCAGUGAAGUGGCAGAAUGGCUGACACAGGUUGGGUUUGGUGAUUGUGUCCGAUUUUUCCAAGACAGAAAUGUCACUGGGGCAGAACUGCUGACACUGGAUGAAUCUGCACUGUUCAGAUGGCAGGACCUUCCCAUUAAGAUGAGAAAAGAAGUUGCAAAGCAGAUAGAAAUCUUGAAGUCAAGGAAACAAGAAAAGAAAUCCAAAUUCAGCCUAUUUUCAAAGAAUAAACCAACGUUACCCAGCAAGGACUAUCACCAAGACCCAAUGAGCCCUGACGAUGAUGAUGGGUGGGGGUCAGAUGAGUUUGACGACACUUUGACAACAAUGAGACAGGAAUCAAUUGAAUGGCAGGAGUGUUUAGAUGACAACGGCUUCCCUUACUACUGGAACAUUGUAACAAAUGAGACCAGUUGGGACAGACCAGACAGGUUCAUGCCGGUUGACUCCGGUACCCAGGAGUAUGAAGAUGAGGAGGAUGGUGCUAAUGACUAUGAACCCCCACCAGAUGAUGUGAGCCCUAAGCACACCCAGCCACCUCAUCGCAGGCAACCCAUGCCACUUCCCACUGAGGAUGCUACGGAACAAGACACAUACGAAAUUCCAGAUCACGAUGAUGAGUCUGGAGGGUCUGACUAUGAACAACCAGUAGAAGAGCAACAACCACCUGUACCCCGUAGACCUCACCAAGUGAAGACUCCUGCUCAGCAGACCAGACCACCUGUUGGAGCCAAUAACUUCAAUGUAAAUGUGGGCAGAAGAAUGCCACCUGUUCCUGGACAGCAACAGAGGCCUGCACAGGCCAGCCAUCCUGAAGACACGUAUGAAGAAUUUGCUGAGAAUGCAGGACCCGAGGAAGACUAUGAAAUGCCAGUACAAGGGCAAGGGGGACCUGAAGAGGAGUAUGAAGUGCCAGACAGUGAAUCCUUCCCACCCGGUCGUCUACCCCCGAGUACAGGCCCCCCUAUCCCAGGUAGGAAGCCUCUGCUGACUCCACCAGACGAGGGACCUCCACCAGCUCUCCCUCCAAAGCCAACCAAGCCUGGCCCUACUUCCCACAUGACUGCUAUGAACAAAGUCCUUCCAAACCCAACACAACCUGACACAAGACAGCCUCCGAAAUUCCCAACUAGUGCCAAAUCAGCCAGACCGCCGCCUCUCCCCAGUCCCAGCACAAAACCGGAAUCUCCCUUCACUGGUGGACCCCCAAACUUUCCCAAGAAGCAGCCACAUGUAACAUCUCCUCUUGCUUCUGGGCAAAAGUCUGGAGCAAAAUGGCCGCCAGCUGAUGCGUCAUCAAAUGUCCGACCGUCACAAUUGAAGAACGUGCACAAGCCGGUUCAAACGUCGUCCCCACCGCAGCCUUCAGUACCAAAAUGGAAGCAAACUCCGCCUGCCGUGCCUUCUCCAGCCAAGCCAGCAGGAGUGAGCAGCAUAGCAUCAAAGUUUGAGCCAAAGCAAGAAGCUACCCCACCAAGAUCUCCAGGACUGGCAAACAGCAAAGUUUCCGGGCUGGCCAGCAUGUUUGAGAAGCAGAACUUGCACCUGAGUCCAGCUGCGUCACCCCCACUUGGAGGCACCAAAAGUCCUCACCGAUCACCCCGGACAUCCACAUUGUCUGUUGCAUCUACAACCUCCUCCAGCUCAGCUGCAUCUUCAGACUCAUUUGUAGACAAGAGAGCAUCACAUUCCUCUGCAUCUUCUGCCUCCGGAGACUCCAUACACGAUGAGCUCCUCCCGGGACAGAGACCGGGGGGCCCAGGGGGAGUUCCCCCCCUCCCUGGCAGGAACAAGUCUGGGGCACCCCCACCCCCUCCUACAACAUCUAUCCCCAGUAUCAAGGCAAAGACAAGAGACAUGAGAAGUAGGCAGCUGCCUGCAACACCCCCGGGCGGAGCGCGUGGCCCCCCACCCCCGCCCCUCCAGGCCAAGAAGCCAGUCCCCAGUGUCCCCCUCCCCGAGCCGGACCCUGAGCCUCUCCAGGGGGGGCUGUACGAGUACCCAUGGUACCACGGGGAGGUGGAGCAGAGGCAGGCUAGUGCUGCACUGAGGGAACAUGGGAAGGAUGGUGCAUUCCUGAUCAGAAAGAGCACAAAGGACCCCACUAGACCCUACACUUUGGCUCUUAUUUACCAGAAAGCCAUUAAGAAAGUUCAGAUCCGUUACCGGCCGGACCAGCAGUACGCCCUGGGCACUGAGAAGGAGGAUGAAGAUACGUUCUUCAGUAUUCCAGACCUGAUAGACUUUCACCAAACACACGACAUCCUGCUGUCACAAGGAGGGAAAACCAAGCUGACAGAAGCUGUAUUCAAGAAUUACUAACCAAAACAUAGGGGUUAAAGCAAGAUGAAUAAGGGCUACACAAUGUCAUGGAAAAUGUGUCAAAAAGGCAUCUCCCUAGCCUGUGUUACUUUCCACCCAUUCAGGGUUAGAUGUAUCCCAGUGCAUUUCUUUUCUUUGGUGAUCCAAUUUGGAAUGAGGAUUGGGUAGGUGUGGCAGCUUGUACAUGUAGUUAGAAGUUAGGACAAUACAUGGUAGAUAUUUAUGUCCAAACUGCCUGAAGCCCAGAGCCAUCCUCAUCUGAGUUGAUGAAAGAAACCCUAAGGCACUAGUGAUCAAGUACACUAUUCCUAGGGUCCGAUGUUGGGGUGAUUGGGUCAUGUGUACAAAGUACUAAGCAUCCCUCAUUCUUUGUACAGUGAUUUGCAAGGGCAAUCGUUAAAAUAUAGCAUACUUGAUAUUGUUUAUCCAAGGGACCAAAUUUUAUACUGCCAGCGAGUUCCACUUUCAAGUUGGUAAGUUUUUUUUAAAGAUGAUUACAAUUAGAUACAUGUACUACAUGUAUUUGAGGCACUUUUAUCUGUAAUAGACAUAGUUGACUACAUGUAUAUACUGUAGAUGAUUUUAACAUAUUGUGGUAUACCAGUACCUUAAUUAGUCAGACAUUGUUGAAUAUAACAGUA